AUGGCUAACAUGAGCGAUAGUUCUAGUGAAUCGUUUAUGAAAUUAAACGCUGAAUGUGAAAAAAACCAAAAAUAUUCCGAUAUUUCUGGAAAACAUAUUAUUCCACAGCAAAUGUGUCACUUAGACGACGCANCAAUUCCACGUAUUACUGUUUCUCAGUUACCAAAUAGCAGCGACGAAGAUGAUGAGUUAUUAGAAUAUUACUUGGAAAGUGUAGAUUUCUUAGAUACUGUUUUGAAUAACUGCGAACGACGUAAGGCUGAUAAAGAAAUAAGAAAUAUUAUUGACGACAUUAUAGAAGAUGUGUUGAAUGAUAUUGAAACUGAAGAGCUCUCAGAAAAAAUGAAAUUAAUUGGUAUACUAAAAGAAUACCUUAGAAAAAUGCAUUCGACCUGUUUAUACUGCCACAAUGUGACAUUCAAUACAUUAAACGGUAGAAAAUUAGCAUUGCAUAUACUCAAAAAUCACCAAUUUGCCAUUCUAGAAGUCGGAUCUUCUCAAGUGGUUACCGAAAGAUUAAAAUUGAAUUUGAAUUACUUAGAAAACGUUUUUUGUUCAAACCAAGAACAUUUGGAUUUUAAUGAUAAUCAUCGACUACGUAUAAAGGUUUGUAAAGUUAUAGAUGAGCCUAAAAUACUAUUAAAUAAGUGGAUAAUUCCUUGUGACAAAGAUAAAGUAAAGGAGGAAGAUGACGAACUUCCCCAAAUAAAGUAUAAAGUUGACGAACUUCCUCAAAUAAAAAUAAAACAAAUGAGAAUUGCACAUCAACAAAAUUUAUCUUUGAGUCAACCUGAAAAAAGGAAAAAUGUUUGUGAUAAAGAAGAGAUAUUUCCUCAAACAAUGAAAAAACAAAAAAUAACUGUACAUAAACAAGAUUUUUUAAAAAACAUUAUGCCAUCAAAUAAUGAUAUCUUGCAACAGAAUAAAAACCAGCUUGAAGAGAUGAGCACGUCCUGUGAUGAAGACGAAGUUAUGAAGAAUAUUCUUCAAAUGAUGACAAAGCAAAAAAGAAUUGCACAUAAACAAGAUUCUUGUAUAAGUCCACCAAAAAAGACGAAAAUUGCGUGCGAUGAAGAACAAACCCAAAAUGAAGUUGACCAAUGGCCCCAAAUAAAAAGAAAAGCAAGAAUUGCACACGUACAAACAUGUUCUAAAAAUAUUGCGUCAUUAAAUGGUACUUUAAAGCAGAAUUUAAAACCACGUGAAAAAGGAGAAGGUACCAGUUAUAAUAAUAUUGAUGAACCGCAAUUACCGGGUGUUUCGGUAAAUAUACAAAAACGGAAACAACCUGCAAAGCCACAAAAAGGCAAAUCAAAACUAAUGAAAAUUAAAUAUGUUUUGAAUAAGUAUAAUCCAAAUGGUAGGUAA